CCUGGCGCGCGCUGCGGGUCCAGCGAGGAUCCCAAGAAAUCCGCGCGGGCCUCCACAAGUUUAUGCUUGUGCAUUUCUCGGCAGAUGGCUCUUAGCGAGCUCGGCACGACUAGGGCAAGCAAGUCCAGCUCGAGCAGUCGGCAUCUUGAUCCAAUUUUGGAGGCGAGGUCAUGUGUGCGCGGUGGCCGCAGUGCGACUCAACAGUAAUUGCAUGGAUUCCGCCGAGCUGAAUACCCCUCCAAUCCUACACACGAGCGCAGAAUACAAGCUGUACCAAGUGCGCUGACAUCCUGACCAAUACUUCAACUGGCUCAAUGUCGACAAAGUGGCUCGGAAAGAGAGACGCGCAUAAGAUAAACUUGGCGCCGUGCGCUAAGCUGGAGAAGAGGGCCACGGAGAGAGAACACACACGUGUAUGUAUGUAUAGACGGACAGUCUAUAUAAACAGACGUCAAGCACCAAGGACUCGUGUCCCAGGGGAGGCACAACCUGUACCAGCAUAGAAAUGGGAUUGGAUAUGAAAAUUGUCGUGUCGUAAGAGAAAGGGAGAUAGCAAACAAACUAUGUAUAUCUAAAGUCAGAUGCACAACACCUGUAUGUAUGAACAUGAAUAUAAACCCGCGAAGCAAAGAGGAUACAAGGAGCAGGAAACGGGCGAUGGCCCUUGCAAGGUUACCGCUUGCGGCCCCAAUACCACUAAUUCACAAGAAGGUUCUGGCAGGGGCUCUUCUGGUUCCUGCCAGGGCCUUCGCCUCUGUAAGCAUAGGCGUUCGCAGACCCACGCAUGCUGUCGACAACAUGUCCAGACGGAAGAGGUCCUAACAGUAAUGCUCCUCUUCUGGCGGAUGGCACCAGAAGUCAGGCGGGAGGACUUCCCAAUCUCCCAACUGAUGGGACGGGGACUCCGCAACGCUCCAUGUUAUCGGGCCGGUCGCGCUUCCCUAUGACUCGAGCUCGCCAGCGCCAUUGGCCCCUGAGCGUUCAAACCUUUCACAAUCUCUGAUGCAACACCUCAUCUGUAGAGAUACGAAUGAAACAAGUCAACCGGCGCGCCGCGGGCGCCUGUACUCGCCCGGGCACACCUGGCGAUGACCCGCACCUCCAGACGAGGGCGCAUUCUGUGGUGCUUUCAGAAGUGUCACGCUUUAAGAAUCAUGUGAGCGACGAGCUAAAACGGGGAUUUGCACACGAAGACGUAGAAACUUCACGCGGUGGCUUACACGGACCGCCUACGCGGCACACCGCGUGGAGAAGAGGGCGAUUGCGCGCGGCCUUACGUGGCCAGUCACAAGCGAAUGUCAACGCUUCCCACCGUCUUCACGUACGCCACAAAUUUGGCAAACAGACAUAGAGGACAAGCACCUAAUGCGCCAGUUUGAAAAAGCGAGGUGCGAGGAAGUGCUAAAAGCGCGCAGAGCAACAUCGUCUGUCCAUCGAACAGGGCACGCCGAUGAGACGGAGCGGCAGUCACGCGACGUUGGCCGUAGUCGUGUCCGCAGGCGCUGCCGUCGUCUCAGUCGUGGAGCUGGCACUGACCUCGGGCAAGUCGCCGAUGCUCGUGGUGACCGCGGGCAGAUCUCCAUCAGCCGCCGAGCCGCCGAGCCGUCGCACAGGAGCGCAACGGAGGGUUAGCGAACAGCGACCGGAGCAGCAGUCGGUAUCGAUGAAGCAGGACUCGUCUUCGUUCCCGCAUGGCGUCUGCGGGCCGUUGGCCGUGGUCGAGGUCAGGGUCGUAGUCGUCACUUCGGUCGUGGCGUUGGCGCUGACCUCGGGCAAGUCGCCGAUGCUCGUGGUGACCGCGGGCAAUUCUCCAUCAGCCGCCGAGCCGCGGAGACGCAGCACAGGCGCGCAACGGCGUGUUAACGAGCAGCGACCAGAGCAGCAUUCGCAGUCGAUGUAGCAGGACUCGCUAAUGUUCCGGCAUGGCAGCAGCUGGUUAUUCUCGCAUGGCGUUUGCAGGUCGUUGGCCGUGGUCGAGGUCAGGGCCGUAGUCGUCGUCUCAGUCGUGGAGCUGGCGCUGACCUCGGGCAAGUCGCCGAUGCUCGUGGUGACCGCGGGCAGAUCUCCAUCAGCCGCCGAGCCGCUGAGUCGCCGUGCCGGCGCGCAACGGAAAGUGAAAGAACAGCGACCGGAGCAGCAGUCGGUAUCGAUGAAGCAGGACUCGUCUUCGUUCCCGCAUGGCGUUUGCGGGCCCUUGGCCGUGGUCGAGGUCAGGGUCGUAGUCGUCAUCUCGGUCGUGGAGUUGGCGCUGACCUUUGGGUGGUUAGGCAUUGGAGUACCCGCUCGCAACUGCCUGGGAGGCUCCGCUGCUGAGGCGCUCAGGGCGAAGCUCGUAAUCAGCACGGCCCCCGGCGCUGCGAUCAGGACCUGCCAAGCCGGCAUUGUCGUCAGGAAAAGCGAGCCUGGCGGGCGAGUCGCGAGCAGGCAGGACGUGCGCGAGCGAACGGGGGCAGCGAGUGCCCGAGAGGCUCGGGCCGAACAUACGCCGGCGUCGGCCGCGGUCGGCCGCGGCAUCGGCGCGCGCACAACCGCAGCGGAAACUGUUCUCUUGAGCUCUCGAGCUCUCGAGCAUCCCGCCGCCGCCAUCGCCGCCGUCGUCGCCGCAGCACCCACCGCGCCGGGGGCCCGCUCUCGCCGGCAGGGGCUCGAAGGGACG